GGAAACAUCAGCUUUCGAUUCCUCUUGUUUUUUUCCUACAAGAAUCUGAGCUCAUGUGGAAACCUACAGGCACCAAUGUCGUUCCGCUGGGGACAAAGAGACGUAUGGGCGAAGGCUCUCCGGAUCGCGAGCACACAUCAUCACAGGAACGAUAUUACGACACUGUGUCAUCCCCCCAAAGCGCUUCUGCUAGCUCGACAGGAACGCCUGGCUCGGAGGGAGCUCCCAGAAGAAAGCGAAGAUCUCGUUGGGGUGGUGAAGAUCAAAAGGUGAACAUCCCUGGUUUGCCUACUUCUUUACCGAAACUCAACAAGGAACAAAUGGAGAACUAUGUUUUGCACAUUCGUCUGGAAGAGAUCAAUCGUAAACUUCGCAUGGGUGAUUAUAUGCCACCGGAACGUGAGAGAUCUCCUUCGCCCGAGCCAAUUUAUGACGCUCAGGGAAAACGUGUCAAUACUCGAGAAGCAAGAUACCGAAAGAAACUCGAAGACGAACGUCACAGAUUGGUGGAUACGGCCAUGAAAACGAUCCCUAAUUUUAAGCCUCCGGCUGACUACAAACGCCCUAGCAGACUUCAAGAGAAAGUGUAUAUUCCGGCCAAGGAGUUCCCCGAGAUCAACUUUAUCGGUUUGUUGAUUGGUCCUCGUGGUAAUACAUUGAAGGGAAUGGAAGCCGACUCGGGCGCCAAGAUCAGUAUUCGUGGACGUGGUUCAGUCAAAGAAGGCAAAGCACGAACUGAUGCCGCCAACAACUCGGCUCAAGAGGAAGAUCUGCAUUGUCUCGUCAUGGCCGAUUCAGAAGAUAAAGUCAAAAAGGCCGUCAAACUCAUUGAGAAAAUCAUUGAAACUUCGGCUUCGGUUCCGGAAGGUCAAAACGAAUUGAAGCGAAAUCAACUUCGUGAACUGGCAGCAUUGAAUGGUACACUCCGCGAUGAUGAAAACCAAACUUGUAUCAAUUGCGGUGCGGUGGGCCAUCGUCGAUACGAAUGUCCUGAACAGCAGAAUUUCACGACGUCGCUCACUUGUCGACUUUGUGGUGGUCACGGUCACAUUGCACGCGAUUGUGUCCAGCGCAAUAACCCGGAAUUCAUGAACCAGGCUAGAGAACGCGAUCAACAAUUGGAUAGCGAAUACAUGAAUUUGAUGGCUGAAUUGGGUGAAAAGACCACAGAGGAAGGUCAUGGUUACAGCGAUCACCGACGACCGCACGGUGAACGAGGUGGCCCUGCACCUUGGCAGCGAGGACCCACAGGCGGACCUCCACCGUGGCAGCAACAACAAAGAAGCCAUGGCGGCCCACCACCGUGGGCAUCGUCGGGUGGCAAUGCGCAAGAAAGUACUGGUGGUGCAGCACCUUGGGCGAAAGGAAACAACUACGGUGCGUAUGGUCCUCCUCCUCACAGUGGCGGUUAUUACCGUCCUCCUUACGAUCAAGCCGCAGCCGAUCCAUACGCUGCUUACGGCGGAUACACAGGAUAUGAUGUGGCCGGACAACCCCCACCACCGCCUCCACCAGGAGCGGCGCCAUGGGCUCAACAACAACCGCCACCACCACCACCUCCUGGUGGCGCUUGGAGUGCUUCACCUCCUCCACCACCACCAUCGGAACCGGUACCACCCCCGCCGCCGUCGAAUCCAGCUCCUCCACCACCUCCACCUCCUGCAUAGGACGUGUCCCUCUAGUCACAAAUUUUUUAAAGGAACUAUUUGUUACACGGAAUCAAAGAAUUUUUCGUUUUUUUUUAUACAUACAUACAAAGACAGUCGCUUUCAAUCCUUUGGCAAGGAUAUAUUACCUACAGUUACAAUUGCAUUAAUUGUAGGUGAGUAUGAGCGAGAGCAUGAGCGUGUUGUAAGUUUUGAUGAUUGCAAUUCAGCUUUUCGGGCACUAGUCCAUUUCUACUGGAUUCGUUGAUAUGACGCGCAAUUGCUCGAUGGCCUUCUCUCGAUUCUGUGUGCAUCAUCGAGCGGUUAUUAGAUCCAGUUAUCUUCAUGUAACUGCUCCAAAAUGAGACCGGAAGCUGCGAAUGAUUUUUUUUGUUUUUAAUAUUACGAAAGAAUCGAAAAAAAAGAACAAACA